AGUACAGUAUACAUGUAAUCAUUCUAGAAAUCUGUAAUUGCCAGCCAUUGAUCACGUGACAAAUAAUUACUCUCACCGCUUUCAAUCUCCAUCAGUGUUUACACAAAACCUAUUUCAUACAAAUGUCCACAAUCGUGGAAUAAAGCUAUCUUUCUUUCGCUUUCCGUUGACUUACUCAGAGAAUAUCACACACGAGGCUGCCAUGGACUACAGUCAAGAGUUAUCCAAUUUCAAGUAUAAGAUAAAGAGAUUGCUCAUUGAGUUUCAUCAUCACAAGAACAAGACCUCACACAACAAGAGUGUCGUCCAUGACCGUGACAGAACCAAACCGUUGAUGACUUUGAGAACACUGAACAACGGCAACGACUCCUUGAAGUCAAUAGCCAUAGAUGAGACAUUUGAUGGGUUUUCAUGCAUUGGAGAGGCUGCUGUGAUGCGACCAAGUGGUGACUGCGAUGCAACGUUUUCUAUUACGCGAGGCGUUGUUGACACCAUGAAGUACAUCAUAGGAGACCUUAGAAGACAGAGCUCUGAGGUGUCGCUACAGAAGAAAAGGGAUGAAUGCCAAUGCCCUUGUCACUCCAAUCCACAUCAGAUCAUAUACAACCAGCAUUUGGAAUCUUGUCUUCAGGUUUGCUCCCUCAUACCAUCAAACAAUAACGAGAACAUUGGAACCUUGGAAGAGCAGUUACUGAAGAGUGGUGUCCACUAUAUUGGUGAAUCACAACAGCCAAAGCAACCUUCCAAGUUUCACCGCUUUAUGAACUGGCUUCAUCGUGGACAUCAAGCAAGCUCGAAUUCUCACAUUGACUGUUCUGGGAAGAUGACCUCUUCAAGCUUUGAUCCAGAAGGUAGAAUUGAGAUCAUCACAGAGUCACACCUCCCUGAUGUGGAAACAUCAUCUCCAAAGGAAAGGAUAAAGAGCCCGGCACAGGAGAACAGAGCUUCAUCAUAUGCUAGAAAACGUCAAAACCCCGUGCAGUCACUAAUUGGUCUAGCCAGAGAUCAUACAAACGACGUGAGAUGUUCGUGUUCCCUGUGUGAUAAGAAACAGCACAAGGUUGGCACACAGCCCUGGAAGGUUGUGAUGAAUGAUAUCUCUUUGUAUGCAGCUUUGUUAUCCACUGGAUCAAAGCCAGAUACUCCGACUGCCUCAUUCCAACCACUAGUUCUGGAUUUCACACAGUCAAAACAUCAUUAUGACCGUGAGUACGACUGCCAGCAAAUAGUAAUGAAUGAUGAAAACGUUAUCCUUGAUACAGACCUCCUUGACCUCAAUGAGCAGCCCACAACAACAUUGUUACCAACUCGCUCAAAAUCCUUGAAUGCUUCAGUGAAAGUCACGACAAAAACCAAUAGCACAGUGCUACGUUCCAAUCAACACAGUAACAGAGCUUCAACUUGUACACCUCAAUACACCUUAGACCAAACCUAUGGAUAUCCAGAUGUCUUGUUGGACUACAACUAUUCAGAUGACGAUAAUGACAUAACGUAUCCUCUUUUACCAAAGUCUCAGUUACCAAAGCCCGCAAACAACUCGGGAUCUCUUGAGGUUCUUCCCUUGAGCAUCAUUCACAAAUGAAGAAUAAGCUUGCUUCUUUAUUCCUUUU